AUGUCGGGCUUUCGAUUGCAGCCGCAUGAGAUCCUCCGCGACCCGACCAAGGACGAGCUGUACAAUGGCCCGACGCGGCAAAAGCUGCCGGUCGCCGUGCAAAAGAUGGACGAAGCCGACACGGCCUGCACGUUUUGCGGCGUCAGCUACUUUGUAUUUGCCGAAGUCCAAGAGCUGCAGCAAACCGCCAAGGUCUACCGGCGGCAGUUCGAGUCGAUUGUGCAAUGGAUGCGAGUGGCCAAGACGCAGCAACAGACCAUGAAAGCCGAGAUGCUUGCGUUCCAGCACGAGCAUGCGGCGACAGUCGUGGCCAUCACGUCUCAACUACAAGGGUUUCUUGCCGUAGAACAGAAGCACAUGCAAGAGAAGAAGGACCUUCAGCAGCAGCUCUCGGUGGCGCACGCGUCGCUUCGCGGUGCAGAGGCGGAGUUGACGACCCAGCGGAAUUUGAUUUUGGACGAAGCCAACCGGCGGGUUGGUGCCGCAGAAAAGCAAGUCGAUCUCAAGACCCAAGACAUUGCUCGCCUUGAACAGCAGAUGGUGGAGGCGCUCCGGGAUGCAGCGCAUCUUCACGAGUCGAGCCAAAUGACGUGGCAACAGGAAAAGGCGACGCUAAUGGCGCAAAUCGACACGGCCAAGUCGACGCUCGCAAGCCACAAGCUCAAGGCGGACGCCGAGAUCGCUCGACUCGAAGGCGUCAUUGCCACACAAGACGACGAGCUGCGAGCGGCGCUAGCAACGAGCGCGCAGCUACAAGCACGCGUCGACGGCUACGCGUUGGCCGCCGCCACGGCUAAACACGAACUCCAACACGUCGAAGCGGCGACACAUGAAUCGCUUGCCGCCGUGCAAGCCGAGCUCGCGCAGACCAAAGCACAGCUGCACAUGGUCCAAGACCAACUGGUGCAAGCCCACGCGGCGGCGUCACGGACGGUGGCCGAAGCCGAGGUCGAGCGUGCCGACGUCCGACAACUACAUGAGGACAUUGCAAAGUGGAAGCACCAGGCGACUGCGCUCGAGAAGAACAAGGUGCUUUUGUUGGCCGAGCGCACAACGCUCAAGCAAGAGAUUGCAUCGGCCGACGACCGACUUCACGAAGUCAAGGGACAAAUUAGAGGUCUACAAAGUACGAUCGACGAGCAAGCAAGGACACUGUCGAGCCAUGCAGCCGAGCACAAGGCAGCGAUGGACAGGGUCAAGCUCGAGUGGUCCAAAGAAAUCGCCGAGCUGAAGUCCAACCACGCUAUUGCACUGGACGGCGCAGCAACCUCUGCCAAGGAAGAGAUCGACCGACUCGGUCUCGAACUGCAGCAGCUCCACGACCACGUGCGGCAUAUCAAACUGGCCACGUCGAUCGCUGAGAAAAAAGCCGACGAUUGCGAUCGCGCGCUCAAGGACGCCAAGCAGCGCGCGGCCAGCUACAUGGAAGAGCUUCAAAGUACCAAGAUGGGCCACCAACACGUCAAGUCGUCUCUGUCGGCGCUCGAGCGCAAACUCCGCGAUCUCGAAGGCGAAAAGAAUAUAGCGCUCCAGGAGCGCGACGGUCUGCAGCAGGCCCUCGAACGCAAGCAAAUAGCGCUGGACAAGAAUGCGGCCACAUCGCUCCACGAAAAAGAGACCUCGAUUCAGCGACUCCAAGCCGACAUUCAGCAGUACAAGCGCACUGUCGAGCAGCUCGAGGCGGCGCUUCAAGACGCGCGGUCGGCUCCCCGUCACGCCAAAUCAUCUCCGAAAGUCGACAAGAGUCCGUCAAACCAAGAGUCGUCCGGCAAUGUCCAGCGACUCACCGAGCUCUUAUCUCAGAAAGACCAGGAAAUUGCGCUCUUGCAGCAAACCGUGCACCGCGAGUGCAUGGAGCGCACGUCGAUGCUCGAAAAGAUGCGGUCGGCCAAGAUCCUGCCUGACAACAGCGCGUCGACAAGUGACGCGCCGUCGUACCCGGAAGACGACGACACGACAUCCGUGCCAACCACGGGACUGGCUUCGUUCUAUGAAAAGUUGCGGCGGACAAAAAAGCCACCGAAAGCCAAAAAAUAA